AAUGGUGGUGAGGUGAAAAGCUUCCGAGGACACUGAAUUUGGACGAAAGUUAGACUCAAUUAUAAACUUCAAAUUCUCAACUAUUCAACAAUUUUGAGACACUCUAGGCAUCUGAGAUUAUUGAGGAGUUGUGUAGUGUCGAAGCUAUGGUGGUAAUGCACGAAGGGACGAGGUAAUGGCAGAUAAAAGGAAGCUUCAAGGCGAGAUUGAGCGCUGCCUUAAAAAAGUCAGUGAAGGAGUCGAAACAUUUGAAGAUAUUUGGCAGAAGGUACACAAUGCAUCUAACUCUAAUCAGAAGGAGAAAUACGAGGCGGACCUUAAAAAAGAAAUUAAAAAAUUACAGCGACUUCGAGACCAGAUUAAGACAUGGGUCGCAUCGAACGACAUCAAAGACAAGAAAACAUUAUUGGACAAUCGAAAGCUCAUUGAACAACAAAUGGAAAGGUUCAAGGUUGUAGAAAGAGAAACRAAAACUAAAGCAUACUCUAAAGAAGGUUUAGGUCUAGCGGCAAAGAUUGAUCCUGCCCAAAAAGAGAAGGAAGAAGCUAGACAAUGGAUAACGGAAGUUCUUGAUAAACUUAGACUUCAGGUUGAUCAGUUUGAAAGCGAAGUGGAGCAAAUGUUUGCUGGAUCAAAGAAGAAAAAACUUGAUAAAGAUAAGCAAGAUAAAGUAGAAGAGCUUCAUACUUGGGCAGAAAAACACCGAUAUCAUACUGAAAAACUAGAGAUCGUAUUGAGAAUGCUGGAUAAUGGAAAAAUUGAAAGCGAUGAUAUCAAACAGCUUCGAGAUGACAUGGAUUAUCACUUAGAUUGCUUUCAAGACCCAGACUACCAGGAAAACGAGUUCAUGUAUGACGAUUUUGAUUUUGAAGAAGAAACGGGCGAAGAAAAUGAUGCUGAUUCUUGUAAGUGUGUCAUGCUAUCUACUGUUAAACCUUUCUUUAUGUCAUUUUUAAAUWUUUUUAAUCAGAACUCACCACGUAAGAACUCCAAGGGUACAUCUAGUUUAGUAAAUAGCAUCUUACCAGGGACUACACCACCUCGACCACCGUUAAAACCUAGUUUAUCUAAUCCUGGACAACCUUCUACAACUCCUGUUAUUACUGCUGUUGAAACCAAACCAAGUAAUGGGUCUUCUAAGACAACCAGCUCUAUUAUAACAAAUUCCUUUGAAAACCACUCGUCCAGUAAUGGGGAAGAAGUUCUAAGUAGUUCCAAGACUCCGACGGAGGUCACGCCCCCUCCGCCAGUUUCAGGCUAUGCCGUUGUCGCUGGUGGGCAACAAAACCAUGUGGAUGCCCAACCCCCUAGAAUGGUUAACCACACCCCAGCUACCACCACGUCGUCAACGUCAAGUAUAGCAAGACCCACUUCAUCUGUAGUUAAUAGUCAUGACCACAUAUUGCCGCAUAGCAAUGGUCCUUUUCUUUCAGAUGUAAACCACGCUAGCGAUAUUUCCAAACUCGUAUCUGCAGUAACGUCUCUUUCAAUGUCACCGGCCCCAACGAUAAAUGCAACUUCAAACACUUUCCCUGGACGAAACCCAGCACUCGGCAAGCCAUCAUCAUCAGUAGUAGGCCCCCCACCACCCGUAUCGACACCUCUAACGGCACCAUCGUCUCUACCAUCCAGCUCAUUACCUAAUUCUAGCAGUUCCAUAGGCAUGAUGGGAAUGUCUGGGAGUAUGACGUCAUCACUGUUAACCAGUUCAUCUAACACAGUGCUUAGUAAACCCCCUAUGUCAUCGGUAGAAAGUAUUGCAGUGUCAACGGGGUCUGUUGGGUCUUUGAUGAGUAGUGCACAGUUUAUGGGUAGUCCUGUAUCGAGACAUGUCACAACCGAUUCGUUUUCAUCUCUUAAGUCCAUCGCAGCACAAGCUGUCGCUACUGCUAAUCUACAUAGUCAAGUACAACUCCCUAAUGAAUAUUCAGCGGAAAGUAGAGAGCUUGAAAACAGAUUCAACACUGAAGAAAAGACUUCAAAGUUUCUUACAAGGCUAUUUGAUUCAACAUCAACAAGUCGAACUCUAGAGGAGACCAAGGUACCUAUAGAGACGAAUACAGCACACUURCAACCGUUGCUGGGCGUGGCACCAUUAGGACCUGUACCCUUAAACAAGGAGAGGUGUUAUCAGUUAGCGAUGUUAGAGGCUGCUCACCAUCAUUUACCACAACCAGCAGAUUCUGAAAGAGUCCGGCCAUGUUUGUCCAGGAAUCCUUACCCAGCACCACCAUACUAUCACCAGCAUCCGCCAGCUCACCUGGAAAGCAUAGAYUUCUACCAAAGGCUACAGCCAGAAACGUUGUUCUUUAUUUUCUAUUACCAAGAGGGAACCCGGGCACAAUACUUGGCAGCAAAAGCGCUUAAAAAGCAAUCUUGGAGAUUCCAUACAAAGUAUAUGAUGUGGUUUCAAAGACACGAAGAGCCCAAGGCUAUCACUGAUGAAUAUGAACAGGGUACAUACAUUUAUUUUGAUUAUGAAAAGUGGGGUCAAAGAAAAAAGGAAGGAUUCACGUUCGAGUAUCGCUAUCUAGAAGACAAAGACCUCCCAUAGAAAUGGAAAACGAACCCCUCUCCCCCAUAGAACGCAUUCGUUAAAGUACACCAAUAGCCAGACGACACUCCUAGGGAUAGCAAAAACACAGAUGUUGGGUACCCCCGGUGGGGAUCCAGUCAUGGUUGUUUGCUCGAGUUGARACUGAUGUGGUGGUACGUUUUAUUGGACAUGUAGGAUAAGCCGGGUGUCAUAGCCCUCCGUUUUACAAAGAUCAACCUUGUUUAUAAUUGUAAAUACGAAUGCUAGCUCGAAUUAAUGCGUUCAUUAAAAAAAUCGAUGCAUAAAAUGU